AUGCUCAAGAAGAGGUUUCUGUCGAGCAGAGAUCGAUUGAAAAUCCUGAGGAAAAACCUCGACAACUCUUUCAUGGGGCUUCAAGCGGCAAUGCUCACGUAUAUCAUGUUGCCUUCAAAUACCGAGACGCUCGAAUGCAACAGUGCCUCUUACACCGCCAUUGUCGAGAGAACGGUGCAAGAUCCAGCUGCAGCGGAAGAUGUCACACUCGAGGACCGGUACCAUUUGCUCACGAACUCUCAGUUGAGCAACGCCGUUCAACUUUUCCCGUAUUUGACCCCACAAAUCCGUUCCCGACAAUUCUUUUCCGAUAGUACGGAAGUCCGCGUUCUCGCGUUGUUGACCAUUUUGACAACGCCCAUCAGCUUGACCGCUACUAUGCUCUCGACAGAAUUCAUAGAUAUCUCGAUGACUCACGCCGGCUGGAGCAUGGCGGCAGCAGCAAUAACAGCUGGCACUGCCUUGGUUUUCGUCAGAUCUCAUCCCCGGUCCUCCCCAGUCAUUACGUCGUGGGACGAUGAUGUCUACGGUGCCAUCAUACGCGAUGAUGCGCAUACGCUCCGGAAGUACCUUGUUGCCAUGGCUCCCACGACUGCGCAGGCGAAUGGAUGGUCGCUGUUACACAGCGCGUUCGAGGCUUGCCUUGGAAGCCUUGCAGAUGAGCCGAUCACGACUCUGCUGAGGCAAUGGCUGCAGGCGUUGAGCGAUUCCGGCGUAAAUCUUUCCUGUUAUGGGCGUGAAGAAGCGCGUCUUUACAAGAAAUCCCAAAGCAAACUGCGGCAGAGAUUCGUCGGAUGCCAUGGGAGGCAACGUUACCGAGUACGACUGGCGGGUAUCAUCUACGGUCCUCUACCGAACCACUGGUCUCUGCUGUGGAUUGACGAGGAUGACGGCGUGGCUAGGGACUUUUGGGACCUGGUAGAACGGCAGGGCGGGAGCCUGGGUCCUCCUUCAAUACAAAGGCAGUCCGAUCUAAGCCAGCCAAGAGACGAGGUCGAAGAGAACGAUGAUCCAUGGGAAUUGGCCGAGAAGGAUGAAGACAAACCUCUGGUGUGGACUGAAUACCGCAGAAAGCGACAGCCCUUUGCUACUGGGACCUCGGAAAGGCGCAAACCAGAGGACCCGUCGAGGAUCUUGACGGGUAUGCCUAGCCACGGCGACGAGCGGAUCACCCCGCUUUCUGGACAAUCCGGACAGUUGCAAGUUGACAAUCUGAAGUCAUCAGAGCCGUCAAACUCCAAUCUUCGCCGAAAGGCAAAGAACUUCAUGAAGUUCUGGAAGCGUCGAAGAUGA